GGUUUUUUUAAGGAAGGAAUCGUUGGGAAGAACAUAAUGCUCACACUCAUAAUAUUGAAGGCACUUCCUAUGCCUUGUUGGCCCUGCUGAAAAUGAAGAAAUUUGCUGAGGCCGGUCCUGUAGUCAAAUGGCUGAUAGAUCAGAAAUAUUAUGGGGGAACAUAUGGGCAAACCCAAGCAACAGUUAUGGUGUUUCAAGCUCUUGCUGAAUAUGAGAUUCAGAUGCCUACCCAUAAGGACUUAAACUUAGAUAUUGCUAUUAACCUGCCAGAACGAGAAGUGCCUCUAAGGUACAGCAUUAAUUAUGGAAAUGCUCUCGUGGCCCGGACAGCAGAGGUACAAUAUUUCAGCAAGUGUAUUUAUUACUCCUUUCAUUGGAAAUAAUUAUUUUGGUUCAAA